AUGAUUUCUCAGUCGGGAGCUGUUCUUGAUUCACAUUAUUACGACCAAACAUGCCCUCAGGCCGAAAGUAUCAUAAGCCAAGUCGUUCAAGAUGCUAUCACUAAUGAUCCUAGAGUCCCCGCCCGAAUCCUCAGAAUGUUCUUUCACGAUUGUUUCAUUCGGGGGUGUGACGCGUCGGUACUGCUGGACUCGACACCCACCAACACGGCCGAGAAAGAUGGACCUCCAAACAUCUCACUCGCUGCAUUUUAUGUGAUCGAUAAUGCAAAAACAAAGCUCGAAGAGUCUUGCCCGGGGACUGUCUCGUGUGCCGAUAUACUAGCAAUUGCCGCAAGAGACGUCGUGCAUAUGUCGAGGGGACCCAAAUGGGCGGUGCUAAAAGGGCGAAAAGACGGCAUAAUAUCACGAGCAAACGAGACGGUAAACCUCCCGGCCCCAUCCUUCAACAUCUCCCAACUCAUCAAGAGCUUCGCCCAACGUGGCCUCUCCCCAAAGGACUUGGUAGUCCUAUCCGGUGGCCACACCCUCGGCUUUUCCCACUGCUCCUCCUUCUCGGGCCGCCUCCGAAACUUCAGCCCUGCCCAUGACACCGACCCGACCCUCGACCAAAAGUUUGCUAUUGGGCUGAAGCACAAGUGCCCGAGGAACAACACGGAUCACAAUGCAGGGCAGGUCCUGGACUCGACCUCCUCAGUUUUCGACAAUGAUUAUUAUCGGAUGAUUUUAGGAAGGAAAGGGGUGUUCGUGUCGGACCAGUCGUUGAAGUCGGAUCACAGGACGGGGCCCAUGGUGGAAGCGUACGCGUGGGACCAAGCUUUGUUUUUUAAGGACUUUGCUGAAUCAAUGGUGAAGCUUGGGAACGUUGGGGUGGUGGAGAAUGGGGAAGUCAGAAAGAGUUGUAGGGUUGUGAAUUAA